GAUAAAUAAAAAUAUCUAAAUAAAUAAAACUCAUCUAGUACAUAAGAACAACCAUAAGCAACAUGAGAAAGAAGAGAACAAGAACUGAAAUCACAUCAAAUAAAAUCAUAUGAGUAAUUACCAGAGACCACCUCAAGAACCUUACCCUCCACCAGGGUUUGGAUCUCCUUACCUUCCACCAUCACCCCAUCUGCAUCACGAAGGCUACCAUCCACCACCACCACCGCAUCACCACCGUCCGCCGCACGAAUCCUACCAAGGUUAUUUCGACAACGGUCAUCCACCACCGCCUCCUCCUCCGGCUCCGUCUCAUUACCACUACCAACAUAUUGAUCAUCACCGUCAUGAUGAUCACGGUUGUUCUUCCUUCUUCCGUGGCUGCUUGGCGGCGCUUUGUUGCUGUUGCGUGGUAGAGGAGUGUUGUUGCUGUUUCUGAUAAUCACCUCCAGAAAGAAAGUUUCUUCCAUUUGGAGCAGUUGGUUAUGUCCAUAUGAAGAAAUGUUGCUCUAAUUCUGUAUAUUUAGUGUGAGUUAUGGUAAGAAAUUGUCAUGUAUGUUACUUCUUGUUCUUCUCCAGCUACAUUCAUGGUUUGUAGACAAGUGAUCUCAUGUGAUGUGAAUUUAUUUGUACUAGUAAUGUAUUCAAAAUCGUAAAAUUUGACAUGCAUAA